CACAGGGAGCAGAGCCGGCAAGGAGCUGCCCUCAGGUCGUUCCUGGCCACACAGCCAGCCUCGGAGCCACUGAGGGGCCUGCCCUGGGCCCCGAAUCUAGACGCCCCUUCCAGCCUCAAUCUUUCUUCCAGGGUAAGCAGCCUGAGAGGCCAAGAGGACAGUCCACCGAACCCUGAGCCCAAGGCCCAGGAUUCCUUGCUUAACCGUCCCCAAGCCUGGAUCCAUCCUCCCGAGGUAGAGCUGCCGGAGCUGUACCCAGUCCUGCUGGCCUGAGGGGCAGCCAGGGGAGGCAACGUGGUGGUUUUCUGGGGCUGCAAUGAGCUCGGACCCACAGGCUGGGUGUAGCAUGUGAGCUCAUUGAGGCCCCUCACAGCGUGGGGAAAUCGGAGAGGGGACUGGCUGGGGCUGGCCCUCCUGCAAGGACUUCUGAGAGUGCUCCAAGGAGCCCUGGGGUCCUCCACUUGCCCCUGGCCUUCCAGGCCCUCACACACCAUUGUUGUCCAGACAGAAGAGACUGGGCGCUGUGGUUCACGCCUGUAAUCCCAGCAUUUUGGGAGGCCGAGGCGGGUGGAUCAUCUAAGUUCAGGAGUUCGAGACCAGCCUGGCCAACAUGGUGAAACCCCGUCUCUAAUAAAAAAUACAAAAAUUAGCCGGGCGUGGUGGCAAGUGCCUUAAUCCCAGCUACUUGGGAGACAGAGGCAGGAGAAUCGUUUGAACUCGGGAGGCAGAAGUUGCAGUGAGCCGAGAUAAAGCCGUUGCACUCAAACCUGGGGUACAAGAGCGAGACUUCUCUCAAAGGAAAAAGAAAAAAAAAGAGAAGAGAACCUGUUCUGUCUAACUGCCUUUUUUUUGAGUGCAGGGAAGGCAGCCUCCCUUCAUACUCAUGCCCCAGCCCUGCAAAUGUCACAGCAGGACCCACCUGGCUGCUCCUCCCCAUACCCAGAGUAACCCUCACCCAGAGUCCCUGGAGGACCCAACCCUCGGGGGCAUGCCUGGGGCCCAGCUGCAUUCAGGCAUCCAGCAACGCAGCCAGAGGGCUGGGGCUCCCCAGCCAUGGCCGGGAGGUGAGGGCUGACCCCAAGGCCAAAUCAGAGCAUCAAGAAGGUGAAUAGAGAUCUGGGAGGGGCUAGGGAGAGGCUGGAUCUCUUCCCCAUUCACUUCCUGGCCCACCCAGACUGGCCCCAGGGGUGCAGCUGACAGGCCCCACCCUUGGGAACUGCACCCUCCUGACUGGUGUCCUGCAGGCACCCUGAGGCCAUCACUCUGGACCCCUGCCCUACAUAGGCCUUACAAGGAGGAGCCAGGGUGGACACCCAGACCUCAUUGAAAGUAGGGGUGUUCUCAAGGUCCCAGACCUUACUCAGGGACCCCAGUCGGGGAGGGGGCAGUGGGAGGCAGAGCCCCUUGCUAGGAGCUUCUAGCUAGGCCCACCUUUUCAGAUAUGCCAGUGAGCAGCCCCAGCUUCAUUCUCCAAGAUAAAGACCCUAGUUACCUCCACUGCUCAGCCUCCCUUGCAGCUAAGUGUAGCCAUGUGGCUAAGUUCUAGAUCAAGUUCCAGAUCACAGAUAAGUGGAAGUUCCCUGUGGGACUUCCAGGAAGUCUCCUCUGGGAUGUCCUUUAUUCUCUGCUAAGAACACAGAGGCAAUGGCUGAGCUCCAGCAGCCACUGUGAGGCCAUGAAGGCAGGGAUCCUAGGGACUGGGAUCUGAGAGCCUGGCUCCCAAUGGCAGUGGAGCAAUGCCAUCAUCUCUAGCAAGGCCGUCUCUAGCCUGCCAGCCCCUGGACCUGCUUAGUGUUCGAGAGUAGUGAACAACCUUGCUGAAGCCACUGUUCCUUAGGUGUCUGUGGCCUGCAGCUGAGCUUGACUCUGAUUCGUAGGCCCGCAACUGGAGGGCCUCUACCUCGAGGGAGUGGGGUGUAGAGUUUUCCUGGAGGUGAAGAUUCUCAGCCCUACCCUCUAGCCCGCCCACCCAGCUCCAGCCGUCUGUUUCUGUCUCGGACGAGAGGGGGCCUCUCAGGACAAAGAGGAAGUAGCUGGAAGGGGAAGGAGCCAGCUGCAGAGAGGAGGAGGUGAGCUGCAGAGAAGAGGAGGUUGGCGUGGAGCACAGGCAGCACCGAGCCUGCCCCACAAGCUGAGGGCCUGCAGUCUGCGGCUGGAAUCAGGAUGGACACCAAGGCAGGACCCCCAGAGAUGCUGAAGCCUCUUUGGAGAGCAGCAGUGGCCCCCACAUGGCCAUGCUCCAUGCCGCCCCGCCGCCCGUGGGACAGAGAGGCUGGCACGUUGCAGGUCCUGGGAGCACUGGCUGUGCUGUGGCUGGGCUCCGUGGCUCUUAUCUACCUCCUGUGGCAAGUGCCCCAUCCUCCCAUCUGGGGCCAGAUGCAGCCCAAGGAUGUGCCCAGGUCCUGGGAGCAUGGUUCCAGCCCAGCUUGGGAGCCCCUGGAAGCAGAGGCCAGGCAGCAGAGGGACUCCUGCCAGCUUGUCCUUGUGGAAAGCAUCCCCCAGGACCUGCCAUCUGCAGCCGGCAGCCCCUCUGCCCAGCCUCUGGGCCAGGCCUGGCUGCAGCUGCUGGACACCGCCCAGGAGAGCGUCCACGUGGCUUCAUACUACUGGUCCCUUACAGGGCCCGACAUCGGGGUCAACGACUCGUCUUCCCAGCUGGGAGAGGCUCUUCUGCAGAAGCUGCAGCAGCUGCUGGGCAGGAACAUUUCCCUGGCUGUGGCCACCAGCAGCCCGACACUGGCCAGGACGUCCACUGACCUGCAGGUUCUGGCUGCCCGAGGUGCCCAUGUACGACAGGUGCCCAUGGGGCGGCUCACCAGGGGUGUUUUGCACUCCAAAUUCUGGGUUGUGGAUGGACGGCACAUAUACAUGGGCAGUGCCAACAUGGACUGGCGGUCUCUGACGCAGGUGAAGGAGCUUGGCGCUGUCAUCUAUAACUGCAGCCACCUGGCCCAAGACCUGGAGAAGACCUUCCAGACCUACUGGGUGCUGGGGGUGCCCAAGGCUGUCCUCCCCAAAACCUGGCCUCAGAACUUCUCAUCUCACAUCAACCGUUUCCAGCCCUUCCACGGCCUCUUUGAUGGGGUGCCCACCACUGCCUACUUCUCAGCGUCGCCACCAGCACUCUGUCCCCAGGGCCGCACCCGGGACCUGGAGGCGCUGCUGGCGGUGAUGGGGAGCGCCCAGGAGUUCAUCUAUGCCUCCGUGAUGGAGUAUUUCCCCACCACGCGCUUCAGCCACCCCCCCAGGUACUGGCCGGUGCUGGACAACGCGCUGCGGGCGGCAGCCUUCAGCAAGGGCGUGCGCGUGCGCCUGCUGGUCGGCUGCGGACUCAACACGGACCCCACUAUGUUCCCCUACCUGCGGUCCCUGCAGGCGCUCAGCAACCCCGCGGCCAACGUCUCUGUGGACGUGAAAGUCUUCAUCGUGCCGGUGGGGAAUCAUUCCAACAUCCCAUUCAGCAGGGUGAACCACAGCAAGUUCAUGGUCACGGAGAAGGCAGCCUACAUAGGCACCUCCAACUGGUCGGAGGAUUACUUCAGCAGCACGGCGGGGGUGGGCUUGGUGGUCACCCAGAGCCCUGGCGCGCAGCCCGCGGGGGCCACGGUGCAGGAGCAGCUGCGGCAGCUCUUUGAGCGGGACUGGAGUUCGCGCUACGCCGUCGGCCUGGACGGACAGGCUCCGGGCCAGGACUGCGUUUGGCAGGGCUGAGGGGGGCCUCUUUCUCCCUCGGCGACCCCGCCCCGCACCCGCCCUCCCCUCUGACCCCGGCCUGGGCUUCAGCCGCUUCCUCCCGCAAGCAGCCCGGGUCCGCACUGCGCCAGGAGCCGCCUGCGACCGCCCGGGCGUCGCAAACCGCCCGCCUGCUCUCUGAUUUCCGAGUCCAGCCCCCCCUGAGCCCCACCUCCUCCAGGGAGCCCUCCAGGAAGCCCCUUCCCUGACUCCUGGCCCACAGGCCAGGCCUAAAAAAAACUCGUGGCUU